AUGAAGAUAUAUGCCGGUCAACUAUUGCCAAAAGAUCCCGAAACAAUCAAUAAGUUUACAGUCAAUAUUAGCGAUGCGGUGCUCAAUGAUCUCAAAAACCGAUUAGAAUCGGCCCGUUAUGUCCAACCAUUAUCUGACUCACAAUUCAGUUAUGGCUUUAAUGGUGAUUAUCUCAAACAAGUUGUCGACUAUUGGCUGACAAAGUUUGAUUGGCGUAAACAGGAAAAAGAGUUAAAUAAAUUCAAUCACUUUAAGACACAAAUCAAUGGCAUUGAUAUACACUUUAUUCACGUGAAACCAUCGAAACCGGCAAAAACUGUUGUUCCUCUAUUGGCAAUACAUGGUUGGCCGGGAUCUGUAUUAGAAUACUAUAAGGCUCUGCCAAUGCUAAUUGAGCCGACAAAUGAUAUUGCAUUUGAAGUAAUACUCCCGUCUAUACCGGGCUAUGGUUUUUCGGAGGCACCACAUCAGCCAGGUUUCAGUAUAAUAUCGGCUGCAAACAUAUUUGUCAAACUAAUGAAACGAUUGGGAUAUAAUCAAUUUUUUGUACAUGGAGGUGAUUGGGGCAGUUAUAUUUCUAAAGUAAUUGCACAAACAUAUCCACAAAAUGUAAUAGGUUUGCAUACAACAUUACAACAGCAACAGUUUGAUGGUAUGGCAGGACUAAAAAUAAUGAUCGGAGCCUACUUUCCCCGUUUGAUUUAUGCUGAACCAGACAAAGCUAUUGAAAAAUUAUAUCCGAUUAAAGAGAAAUUAUACAAUGGAUUGCGUGAAUCGGGUUACGCUCACAUUCAGGCCACAAAACCCGAUACAGUUGGCUCGGCACUGGUCGAUAGUCCCGUUGGUUUAGCCGCUUAUAUAUUGGAAAAGUUUUCCACGUGGACUGACCUCAACAAUGUCCACAAACCGGACGGCGGUUUAACCAAAAAGUUUACUUUAGAUCAAUUGUUAACUAAUGUAAUGAUCUAUUGGGUUACCGGUAAUGUCGCCUCAAGUAUGAGGUUUUACAAGGAAACAGUGCCCAUACUUUUUACAACUGAUAUCAAUAGAAUACCUGUGUCGGCAUCGGUACCGGCCGCUGUGGCCGACUUUCCCAGCGAGUUAGGCCGUUUGCCAAUAGAGUUAGCCCGAUAUCAAUACGAAAAUCUGGUCCAAUACACUGAUAUGCCGCGCGGCGGACACUUUGCUGCCUUUGAAGAGCCAAAACUAGUGGUCGACGACAUCAAAAAGUUUGCAAAAACUGUUUUAGAGUUGAAUCAAAUUAGGAAAUAG